UGGGAGGGUGAAGUGUGGGGUGGUGGAGUGAGACCCACCCGCAAGACUAUGGCUCUGCAGACUCCCCUGCCGACUCAUCUUCGGAAGGGCCUGAUGACAUUCAGCGGCUCCCUCUUCAUCAACAACAAGACUGGUGACAGUGGUGUGACGCAGACCUACAACCCAGGACAGGUGGUGCUUUCCAGUUUGCCUCUGCAAAUGAUGCUGUAUUUCAACAUCUUUUACUUCCCUUUCUGGUGCCUGUCAGAGGGACUUAUGCUGGAACUUAAGUACAACCUCCUGACCACUUACUAUCAGGUUCUCCUCACCGGUGCAUACUUGAUGAUUAUCUUAAUGGAAGUUUUGCGUCUCUACCUCGGAUACAUUGGAAACUUGCAAGAAAAGAUCCCGGAACUUGCCGGCUUCCUCCUGCUUUCAUUCCUGAUUGAACUGCCUGUCCUGCUGUUCCUUCUGACGGAUAAGGGAACCAUCAGACUGCCUCUGGAGACAGCCGUACAUCUGAUCCUCCUCCUCUUUCUCACCUCUGAGAUUGCAGUUGCCUUUUUUGCACUGAAAGGGAUGACCAGACAGCUGGCAAUGCGAUUCUACCUGAAGCAAUUUGAAGAGGAGCCUCAAAAGUUGGGGAAGCCACUUCCAAGUAUGAGAGGCCACCACUGAGAAGAGCACCACUGCGGUCCGUUGAUUCUGGACUUGCUUUGGGGACUGCAUUAGAGCAGGAACACACAGCAGGAUUCCA